GUUAUGGGAAGAUAUAUUAUCGCAACCUACGGUUAGAAAUUCCGUCGGGCCAAUAGAAGCACUCAAAGCAGUGAUAAAAACAGAAAGGGAAAAGAUAGCAUCUACACUUGCCGAAGUAGUUAGAGCUAUCUCCCAAAAAAACACCAGUGACAGUACAUCCCUCCCAAUUAAAAGAAUUCCAAUAAACAAAACCAAGAAAAUUGAAGAAUGCCACAACGAAAUGACCAUUACUGAUGAGAUUCAGAAUAAGCAACGAAAUGGUAGAGAUCAUGAUGCGCAUCAGGAACCGAUGACGCUGCUUAGCGAAGACUUAGGAAAGAUGGCAGAAAAAGAGAAAAAGAAUAUCAGUAUCUGGCGCACGGAAGAAAAUCGGAGACCUACCUGGGAUCAAGCCCCAAAAGACAAGAAUACCAGGGCACCAAACAAUAGGAACAAUGACGUGAGGAAAAUGGUGAGUAAACCGGAUGAAGACAACGGAUUAGCACAAGACACAGAGAAGAUGCAUCAUCAAGAGAAAGCGAGAAAUCGACCGGAAGACGUGCCGACGAAUGACCAGACAGAAGGAAAUCUUGAUGAGAAGAUGUACCCCGAGCCGCAAAGAGAAAUCGACCAUGUGGAAAGAGUUGGUGAAGCUGUUCAAAGGAUCCAUGCAAUGAUUAGAAAUCAAGAGCUAAUCUGCAACGAAGUAUUGGUUACUCAUGACUGCACAAAGCUAUGGGAAGAAACGUUUAGAACUAUGAUACCCGGAAUCAAUGAAAAGAUCGGUCACAGAAUUGAAGCAGGGGACAAACCAGAAAAAAGAGAAAGGAAGCUGAUAAUAAGUCAAGAACAACAUCAAGGAGGAGGACGUGAAAUUGAACUAAGGAACACGAAAAUCGGAACGCCUGAAAACGAUUAUCAUGUACCCUACUCCAUGUCGGAAAAUCGUUAG